UGUUGAAUGGGGGUUUCCUAUCUGGCACCCCUCGACAUAAUCCGGAAAAAUCCUGGUCAUCGUUCAUUCUAAUUAAGUCAGGUGUUCUUCUGUGGCUGUCAAGGUAGAUAACUCUUGCUAACUGAACAACACAACCCAUGUUCCCUGGUCUAGGCUUACCAUGCAACGGCGCAUAGAGGAUCAGCAGCCACCCAGAAGACUUACCCCUAGUGAGGCAUACCGCCCUGGUCCACCAAUAGGGGGCACUAACAGCCUCCCUGGGGGAGGGGCAGGGGGCGUUAGCGGGAGCAGUCAGAGGUUCGGAGAGCUCAGUGAUGCUAUCAGCAGCAGCAGUCAUAUACCGUAUCCCAUGCAAGGCUAUCCACCUGUGGCCCAGCCCACUCCAGCUCACCAUGCCCCGCCCCCAACCAUCCAUCAUAACCCUCCACUACAGGGACCAGCCACUGUGCAAAGUCCAAGCCACAUGAGUCAACCACUGGCCCAGCCCAUGCCACAGGCUCCUCCACCCACUCAGGUGGCUGCCCCACCCCCGGCAUCUUCAGCACCAACCACAGGCCCUCCUGCUGGACCCGGGACAGGGCCAGUAGCAGUGCCCUUGCCACUCACCACACCGCAGGGGGCUGCCAAUGUGUCUGUCCCAGGUCAGCAGCAACAGCAGCAGUUCCAGAGGUUAAAGGUCGAGGAUGCCCUGUCUUACUUGGAUCAGGUUAAACUCCAGUUUGGUAACCAGCCGCAAGUGUACAAUGACUUUCUGGACAUCAUGAAGGAGUUCAAAUCACAAACAAUCGAUACCCCAGGGGUGAUUAACCGAGUGUCCAACCUGUUCAAGGGUCAUCCCGACCUGAUCGUGGGGUUUAACACCUUCCUGCCCCCGGGGUACAAGAUUGAGGUGCAGGCUAACGACCAGAUCAGCGUGCAUCAGCCUGGUCAGCAGAUCAUGUCCAUCCAGGCCAUCGCAGCUGCAAGUGCAGCCAAUGCAGCUGCUGCUGCAGCUCAGACCGCAGCUGCUAAUGCACCUCCUGUCGUCACAGCUACAGUAUCGAAAACCAGUCACAUUCUGACAGCAGCACAGCAGAGUUUAUCAUCUGUCAACCCGACAACAACAACAACAACAACAGCGUCUCAUCAUGCAUACCAUCAAGCUCCACGGCCAGCCAAUCCAGAACCUGUUGUCCCAACUUCGCCCUCUCACCAUGGCAACAGCCAAUCGCAUCAGCAGGCUAGCCAGCCAGUGGAAUUCAACCAUGCCAUUAAUUAUGUAAACAAGAUAAAGAACCGGUUCCAGGGUCAACCUGAGAUCUACAAAUCGUUCCUAGAGAUCCUGCACACUUACCAGAAGGAACAGCGUAACCUGAAGGAAGGUCUGCUCCCAUCAUGCAACAAACCAUUAACCGAGGCCCAAGUCUAUGCCCAAGUGGCCCAUCUAUUCCAGAACCAAGAAGAUCUGCUUGCCGAGUUUGGGCAGUUUUUGCCAGACGCUAAUGGGUCUUCUGCUUACAUCUAUAAUGGUAUACUGUCCUUGCAGACGGAUUCCCAGCUGGGGAUGAGGAAUGACCACUCGUCCACGGUCAAGAAGGCUGGAUUCCACAACAAGAACCCAUCCAAGAGCUGUGGUCAGUUGAAAAGACCAUCAGGUGGCCAACCCCCUCCUUCCAAGAAACUGAAGAUGUUGAAAGAUGUGUCACUGGCCGAAGCUGGGAAGUAUGGAACGCUGAAUGAGUUUGCAUUUUUUGACAAGGUUCGGAAGGCGUUGCGCCACCAAGAGGUGUACGAGAACUUUCUGCGAUGCCUGGUGUUGUUUAAUCAGGAAGUCAUCUCACGAACAGAGCUCGUAGCUCUUAUACAGAAUUUCCUCGGGAAAUUUCCCGAGCUGUAUAAAUGGUUCAAGGACUUCCUUGGUUACAAGGAAUCUGGUGGCCAUGUUGAAGCCAUUCCUUCAAAUGUGGCCAAUAAGGAAAGGAUUGGUGGAGAUCUGGCCAUGGAAAUUGAUUUUGCCACGUGUAAACGGUAUGGGGCCAGUUACAGAGCUCUGCCCAAGUCCUACCCCUCACCAAAGUGCUCUGGGAGAACUCCUCUUUGUAAAGAGGUUCUUAAUGACACAUGGGUUUCUUUUCCUUCGUGGUCAGAAGAUUCAACGUUUGUGACUUCACGAAAGACACAGUAUGAAGAACACAUUUACAGGUGUGAGGAUGAAAGGUUUGAGCUGGAUGUUGUCAUAGAAACGAAUUUAGCAGCUAUUCGUGUGUUGGAGGCCGUGCAAAAGAAGCUUGGGCGAAUGACGUCCGAGGAAGCGGCCAAAUUCCGUCUGGACAACUCGUUAGGAGGUUACUCAGAAGUGCUACAUCGUAAGGCAAUACAGAGGAUAUAUGGCGAUAAGGCUCCAGAUAUUAUUGAUGGCCUGAAGAAGAACCCAGUGGUAGCUGUUCCUCUGGUAUUACGAAGGUUAAAAGCUAAAGAAGAUGAAUGGCGAGAAGCGCAGCGUGGUUUUAAUAAAAUCUGGAGAGAACAAAAUGAAAAAUACUACCUGAAAUCAUUGGACCACCAAGGGAUUAACUUCAAACAGAAUGACAUCAAAGCAAUACGUUCCAAGGCCCUGCUUAAUGAGAUCGAAACCGUUUUUGAUGAGAAGCAGGAGCAGAUCCAGGAAGGGAGCGGACCAGAGGCUGCCAGCGGCCCUCAUCUCAACUUUGUGUACAAGGACAGGGCUUUACUUGAGGAUGCGGCCGGUCUUAUCAUCCACCACAUGAAACGACAAACGGGUAUCCACAAGGACGACAAACAGAAAAUCAAGCAGCUGCUUUAUCAGUUCAUUCCAGACAUGUUUUUCAGCCCGCGAGGGGAGCUCAGUGAUGAUGAGGGAGAAAAAGAUGAAGACAUGGACAUGACAGAAGCCGAGCAGACGGGGAAGUCAUUUCCUUCAAGCCGAGAGGCAAAAGAUAACAAGGACAAUAAUGAAAAAGAGGCCAAAGAGAAACAGACGAAAGAGGCGAGUCAGCAAAACGGAACAGCAACUGAGGAGGAGCAGACGAAUGGGGCCAAGAGUCCUGAGGAGCCACCUAUAUCAGAUGAUGAUGAUUAUUACACAGUGUUUUUCGCCAACAACACGUGGUACCUGUUUUUCCGGCUGCACCAGAUCCUGUGCGAGAGGCUACACAAGAUUUCGUGCCAUGCCCAGAAGCUGGUGGAGGAAGAGGCCUACUGUAAGAAGGAGAGGAAGGAAUCCACGGCUAUCGCUCUCAGGCUCAAGGCUCCUAGAGGGAUUUGCAUACCAAUGAUGGGAACUCAGGAUUGGCAAACCCAGAAACGUGAGGUAGAACCUGAAGGUUACUACGCAUACUUCCUGGAGAUGGUGAAGAAUUUACUGGAUGGUAAUAUGGAGUCAGGCCAGUACGAGGACCAAUUGAGGGAGAUGUUUGGAAUCCAGGCUUACAUCGCUUUCACCAUGGACAAACUCGUACAGAAUCUUGUCCGUCAACUGCAGCACACAGUGGUGGAAGACAAUUGUAUGAAAGUCACCGAGCUGUUCGUGGAGGAGAAGAGGAACGGAGCAUCUGGGGGACGUGUUGCCACGGCUCACCAACGGGCUGCCAAGGAAGCAAACUACCAGAGACAAGCCGAACAACUACUGACGGAUGAGAACUGCUUUAAGCUUGUUUUGUACAAGAAUGAAUGCAAGUUGACCCUUGAACUCUUGGACACGGAUCACGACCAAUCAGACGAUCCGGUGGAGGUGGAGAAGUGGUCAGAAUACGUUGAGAAAUAUGUAGCCAAUGACGACACCAUUUCUGAAGAACUGAAGGAGCAGUUGUCAAGGAAACCGGUGUUCCUACCCAGGAAUGUGCGUCAGUGGAGACAGCAUAACAGUAAUCAGAAGAACCGGGCCAAAGCGGAGGCAGAAGAAAGCGGCAGCCAGACUUCCCCCAAAGAGACCACCCCAGAUGAUAUGGACAUCAUUGACAACACGGAGUGCAAGUUUAACGUCAACUCCUUUAAGAUGGUGUACGUGGUGAACAGUGAGAGUUAUCUGUACAAAAGGCUGGCCCUCAAGCGGGCUAAAGAGUCCCAUAAAUCUGUUUCCCUGAGACUCCACAACAAAUUCACCAACUGGGUGGAGAAAUGGAAGGAUGCUGCAGUCCCGGCUGAAAACGUGACGGCAUGUAAUCAGUGGUUACAGGGAAACCCGCCCCAGCCUGACAGCAAGGAUUGUAAGACAAUCUGCGCAAAAAUCAACAACCCAGACAAGGCCCCCUACUACACAUAUAACAAAUACCGAGUGGAGUACCCUGACCCCCCGAAGCCCACAGCAGAAUGAGACAGCCAACAGCCAUUUUAUACAUGUACAUAAGUUAUAAAUCUUACUGUGUUCAUCAUUAUGUGAAAACAGCGUUCAUGAUUUGUUCUGGAAUUAUCUGUAUUUCGAUAACAAACAGGUCUCCCUGCAAUAAGUAUAUAUAUACAUAUAUAUAAAUAAAUCUUGUGUAAAUACAAUAGCAUUUAGACAUCCCUCGUUUUCGAAGUUUUAUCUUGUACAUAUGAACAUUCAUUUGUCACACUUCAUCCAUCUGCGGACUUUUGAUAGCUCAUUUUUCACAAGUGAAUUCUGAAGUUUCAACUCCUCCAAACGCCGUUAUGUUGAAGUUUUGUUAAAUGCAUAGGUAUGUCUGGGUGGGCGG